AUGGAGUUGCUUCCCAAUCCCGAGCAGAUGAGACACAUGCUGAGAUCUCCACGACGGCCGGACCUGCUGCGAAUCUCACCACGCAAUAACUACAGACUUAAGCGGCGAGAUAGAAGUGAGGAGGAUGAACAGAAAAAGAUCGGCAAGGGCCGAGAAGGCCAGCAGCUGUUCGUCUAUCACAAGAAGAAGCGAACCGAGAAGUUCGUUCGGAGCGAGACCAACCAUCGGGUGAUGACCAAGGCCGAGCUGGCCGGCUGGGAGAAGGAGGUCGAGCGCGCGCACCCGGACAACCCCAAGAUUUGUGGCGGCGCCGGCGCCACCGCCAUCCCGGGCAUCGCCCUCAAGGCCGAUCCGCUGCAUCGAAGUGCGCUGCUGCGCGAGAAGGAGAACGUCGACUUCAUCCUCAACAAUGAAACAUUCGAGCUAGCCGAAGAGGAGAUUUCGCCAGCGCCGGAACACAACAAGAAGCGACACGGCGCGAAGAGCCCGCUGCGGCUCGAACUCGACGUCAGCGUCAUCGGCAUGGCGACGAAUCGCCACCACAACACAGUGGAAGCCUCGUUCAUCGAUCCUCUCUCGUCAUCCACAAUGGACAUUUCCAUAAUCGUCCCGCCAAGCCGAUCUCGCUCAUCCAUUGCCCAACCCUCGGCAUCAUCCACGAAGAGGCUGGCCCUCUCACACGUCGCCGAUCCGCUGACGCCAGUCGUCCCGGCCCAACAGCCCACCAGGCGCUACGCGCGGCGGGGCAAGACGCGACCAACCUGCAAGCUGAGCACCAUCCCUGAGACACAACAACCUACGCCUCCAUCUUGA